AGACAUUACGUCGUUUGUUCCCGUAGCUUUUGAAGGAAGUGUUUGUUAUUGAAAGAAAAUACGUUUUUAUUAUGUAACUACUUUUGAUUUAAUUUUAUUACAACCCGAGUUGACUGUUUCCCGACCGGAACCGCUCCCUACUUGUGUGUGUUUGCUUACGUCUGUUUUGUUGGACAACAAUGAAGGCCUAGUUAGUUUUAACGUUAGUUUAUCGCUCCUAGCUAGCUGUUAACGUUACAUCUGGAUAAUCUGCUCUCCUAUGUGGGAUUUCAACACAUUACUGUACUGAUCUUCGACAUUACACUGUGAAAUAAAAUCAGGUAUGUCGUCCCAGCUCCAAGUGUUUUGUCCUCCCUCCAUCUCCUCCAGCGCCUUCUGCCGUGUCAAGAAGAUGAAGGUAGAAAACUGUGUUUGGGAGGUGUCCUCUGACGCCCCCUAUGGUUCCGUGGGCGGCCAGCAGGGGGUAGGGGGUUACUCCUUCGCCCCCUCUGCCACCCCAGGUUCCCGAGGCCAGGUGGUGGUCCGGGCGGCCGACAGCACAGGCAGCCUACCCAGAGGCUCCAGCCGCCGCCUCAACGACCACUACUCACACACGCACACCUCACACACACACACCUCACACACACAUACCUCACACACGCACACCACGACGACCGCAACAGGCACGGGGACGCGACGACAGGGCCAGAAGAGGAAGAAUAAGGAAGUUGAAGGAAGUAAUAGUGUUCAGAUUCUGGAGGAGCUCUCUGCCCCUCGACCAGUCUUCUCCACGAGGACAGGGGGCGUCGGAGGAGGGGGUACGGGCCAGUCCGUCCCCAACUCGGCCCCCACUACCAAGAGCUCCAGCUCCAACGGAGAGGGGGACUACCAGCUGGUGCAGCAUGAGACCCUGUGUUCAGUCUCCUGUAGUUAUGAGGUGCUGGAGUUCCUGGGGAGGGGGACCUUCGGUCAGGUGGCCAAGUGUUGGAAGAGGGGAACCAAUGAGAUCGUGGCCAUCAAGAUCCUCAAGAACCACCCUUCUUACGCACGACAGGGCCAGAUCGAGGUGGGCAUCCUGAACCGUCUGAGUGAGGAGAACGCUGACGAGUUUAACUUUGUGCGUUCCUACGAGUGUUUCCAACACAAAGGUCACACCUGCCUGGUGUUUGAGAUGCUGGAGCAGAACCUGUAUGACUUCCUGAAGCACAGCAAGUUCAGCCCCCUGCCACUACAACACAUCAGACCCAUACUGCAACAGGUGGCGACAGCGCUGAUGAAGCUGAAGUCUCUGGGUCUGAUCCAUGCUGACCUGAAGCCAGAGAACAUCAUGCUGGUGGAUCCUCUCAGACAGCCCUACAGGGUCAAGGUCAUCGACUUCGGCUCAGCCUCACACGUCUCCAAGGCUGUCUGCUCAACGUACCUGCAGUCGCGAUACUACAGGGCUCCAGAGAUUAUCCUGGGUUUGCCGUUCUUUGAGUCUAUAGACAUGUGGUCUCUGGGCUGUGUUAUAGCUGAGCUGUUCCUGGGCUGGCCCCUCUAUCCCGGGGCAUCAGAGUACGACCAGAUCCGGUACAUCUCACAGACCCAGGGUCUGCCUGCAGAGUACCUGCUGAGUGCCGGCACCAAGACCAGCCGCUUCUUUAAGAGAGGACCUGACUCUAGCUACCCCCUCUGGAGAAUCAAGACUCCUUCAGAGCACGAGGCUGAGAUGGGCAUCAAGUCUAAGGAGGCCAGGAAAUACAUCUUCAACUGUCUGGAUGACAUGAUGCAGGUCAACCUCUCAUCUCACCUGGAGGGGACGGACAUGCUGGCGGAGAAAGCUGAUAGGAGGGAGUUCAUCGACCUGCUGAAGCGGAUGCUCCGAUUGGACGCUGACAAGAGGAUCACGCCCACUAAGACGCUGGGUCACCCCUUCGUCACCAUGAGUCACCUGCUGGACUUCCCUCACAGCUCCCAUGUGAAGUCUUGCUUUCAGAACAUGGAGCUCUGUAAACGUAGGAGCUCAUCGUUCGACAACAACAAAACUCUCUUCUCCACCAACACUCUUCCUAGUGCUGCCGCCGGCAACCUCACAGUCACCUUCAGCAAUCAGCUCAACCAGGUGCCGUCAGCAGGGGGAGCUGUUCCUAUCCUGAACUACCAGCCAGCCCUCUACCAGCAGGCCACCAUCAACAUCCCUGGUCUGGCCCAACAGAGUGUCCCCCUGCAGGCUCGCCCCAACGGCCUGGCCUGCCAGACUGAGCCCUUCCAGCAGACUCUGAUCGUCUGCCCACCAAACACCAUACAGGGGCUCCAGUCGUCCAAUAAGAGCUCUAGUUUCCCAGUGAGGAUGGACAGUUCAGUCCCCAUAGUGAACCAGAACCAAUCAACACAGCCACUGCAGCUGCAGCCUGCCAUGCUCACACAGGGCUCCUGCACACCCCUGAUGGUAGCCACCCUCCAACCCAACCCCCCCACAGUAGCAGGGCUAGCCCCCCAGUACUCAUUUCUCCUGGGGCUGGGCUGUGGGGCCGGACUCCCCACCCUGCUGGAACACACUGCCUCUGUGCUGCAGGCCUGGCCAGCCGGUACCCAGCAGAUCCUGAUCCCGUCUUCAUGGCAGCAGGUUCCGGGUGUGGCCAUCCACGGCUCCACCCACCAGUCGGUUGUCACGGAGUCUCCCGUGGAGACACUCCUUCCGGACACAGCCCAGCAGACACACAGCUGGAGGGGAUCUCAGUACAGUGGAGUGCUGCAGCAGAACCUGGGGGUUAAUUCGAGGAGCGGAGCGAGGAAGAGGGCUAUGGGUGGCCGUGGCAACAGCAGGACCACCAGGCGUGUGUCCGGUGUAUCCCUACUCACCAACGCCGUGCUGACUCCGCCCAUCUGCAGCGCGGCGGCUCUCUCUCAGCCAAUCAUCAUCUCGGACACGCCCAGCCCGGCGGGCAGCGUCAUCACCAUCCACUCAGACGGGGAGGACGAGAGGAAGUUCCACCCCGCCAGCUGUGGUCCGGCUCAGAGGACUAACGUGAUCAGCUGUUUGACGGUUCACGACUCUGACUCCUCUACGACCAGCCCCCUCACCCCCCUCCCCCGCACACACCUCCCUGGAGGGGGGACGUCUAGAGGCAAGUCCCUGGCCGUGGUCGCACCGUCUGUAAAGACCCAGCCGACUGAGACAGUGCAACCCCAGAGUUCCUACAUCAAGCACAAGCUGGCCAAUCGGCAUCCCUGUAGAUCUGGAGACGGCAGCAACCGCCAUAGGCUAGUCCCCAGCCAAUCACAUCCUCUCAACCUCAGCCAGCCUGUAGUCUCGUCCUCUUCGUCCCAGGACCGUUCCCACGGCAAACUGCGUCGCCGGGCAACCUACCCCCCCGGCCCCAACUCCCACUACACCUUCCAGGAAGUGCCCUCUCUAAGCUCUGCCCCUAGUCUAUACACCUUCCCUGCGUCCGCUGCGCUAGCCUCUGCCUCCCAGCUCCUGGUGCGUGGCCACCCGUCCACCUAUGCCCCACCCACCGUCCCUUGCGGUACCUCGGGAUUGGCCCGGAGGGAUGCAGGAACCAGGAAGGAGUCUUCGGUGGGGGUGGUGAUGGGUCUUCCUGCAGUUUAUCAACACCAGUUUACUGCUGGAUCCCUUAGUGUCACGCCACGUGCUGAGACCUACAGCGCAUACCAGCUCAGCCCUCGACGGCUGGGACAGUACCCCUACUUAUGAUGAGAGAUGAUACUGGAUGUAGAGAGGGGGAUGGGCACGGGUGGGAGCGCUGAUGAGUAGGACUAUGGCCCCCCUCACACCGACGUAUUCACACACACACACUGAAGGGGCAGUAAGUCCCACGGCUUCACCAUGUGGAUGAAUCUGGGCGAGGUUGGGAAGGAGACAGGAAGGGGUAACAAAUGAACAUUUGCACUACUGCAUUUGAUGUACUCAAACUGGUUUAACUUUCCCACCUAUUUUAGUACAUUUAAAAAAAAAAACACUCUGGAUAUUAUUAUUUAAUAUUGUAGUUAUUUCUUUUCCCAGCAGGGGAAAAAAAAAGUGUAAUUGUUUUGUUUAAUCCCUGUUUUAAUUGGAUGCAGAAUUAGUUAUUGUGGUGAUAGACCAGAUAUAUUAUGUAUUGUGUUAACGAAAAAAGGCUUUUAUGUUUUAAAAGGGUGCUAGUCUCGUUCUCUAGUGGUGUAGUCAGUCAGCUGAAACAUACAGAACACUGCAGAUGGAAACACAGGUUUCUAUACCGUACAUAUAACAUGUAUGGCUCUGGCAUGCCUCUGUAUUCUACAUGGCAGAAAUGUAUGAUGUAUAACAGAUAUGCUGGUCAUUGUGCAUUCUGUAACGUUAGUCUCCUGAAUAGGCACUCGCUGUUGUUUCCUUACAUUAGGAGAUCCUAGAAAGGACCUGGCUAGAGAGAUGCUAGCUAACCUAAAGAAGACCUAAAGGUGGUCGUUGUUUGUAGCACGGCACGCUAGAGAGAUGCUAGCUAUUAGAUAACCUAAAGGUGGUCAUUGUCUGUAGCACGGCACUCUAGAGAGAUGCUAGCUAUUAGCUAACCUAAACAAGUUCUAAAGGUGAUCCUAGUAUAUUUUAGCAUGGCAGACUUGCUCGAGAUGUUAGCUAUUAGCUAACCCAUGUAUGGGCAACUGGCGGUCAUGCAGCCCGCUGCCUCCCUUUUGUAGGCCUGCGGACCAAUUUCACCGACAGACAAAAAGGAACUCAGUUGGGGUCUCAACUUACUGUUGAGUUAAAAUAAUACCUUUACUUACCUGUUUUCUUUAUUGUGAGUUUGUUUAAAUUAUGUUUUGUCGAUAAUGUGAGCUGUCGGGGGAGAGAGAGAAUGUUGUUCCACUUAACUCAUGAGUCUGCUGUACAUGGAUGUAGUCAUGGUAACGAUGUAGUCAAUUCUGCCACAGCCUGGUAACGAUGUAGUCAAUUCUGUCACAGCCUGGUAACGAUGUAGUCAAUUCUGCCACAGCCUGGUAACGAUGUAGUCAAUUCUGCCACAGCCUGGUAACGAUGUAGUCAAUUCUGUCACAGCCUGGUAACGAUGUAGUCUAUUCUGUCACAGCCUGGUAACGAUGUAGUCAAUUCUGUCACAGCCUGGUAACGAUGUAGUCUAUUCUGUCACAGCCUGGUAACGAUGUAGUCUAUUCUGUCACAGCCUGGUAACGAUGUAGUCUAUUCUGUCACAGCCUGGUAACGAUGUAGUUAAUUCUGCCACAGCCUGGUACCGAUGUAGUCUAUUCUGUCACAGCCUGGUAACGAUGUAGUCAAUUCUGCCACAGCCUGGUAACGAUGUAGUCUAUUCUGUCACAGCCUGGUAACGAUGUAGUCUAUUCUGUCACAGCCUGGUAACGAUGUAGUCUAUUCUGUCACAGCCUGGUAACGAUGUAGUCUAUUCUGUCACAGCCUGGUAACGAUGUAGUCAAUUCUGUCACAGCCUGGUAACGAUGUAGUCUAUUCUGUCACAGCCUGGUAACGAUGUAGUCAAUUCUGCCACAGCCUGGUAACGAUGUAGUCUAUUCUGUCACAGCCUGGUAACGAUGUAGUCUAUUCUGUCACAGCCUGGUAACGAUGUAGUCAAUUCUGCCACAGCCUGGUAACGAUGUAGUCAAUUCUGUCACAGCCUGGUAACGAUGUAGUCAAUUCUGUCACAGCCUGGUAACGAUGUAGUCAAUUCUGUCACAGCCUGGUAACGAUGUAGUCAAUUCUGUCACAGCCUGGUAACGAUGUAGUCUAUUCUGUCACAGCCUGGUAACGAUGUAGUCAAUUCUGUCACAGCCUGGUAACGAUGUAGUCAAUUCUGUCACAACUAUUAUCUUCACACCACCAUAGCUGGGUUCAAACACUAUUUGAAAUCUUUCAAAUACUUUUAAAGGGUUUGCACUUGUAUGGCUUUUUCUAUUGGUUCCGUUGCAACAAGGCCCAGUCAAUUAAGCACAGUUUUAAAUUAUUUCAAAUAGUAUUUAGGCAUAGCUCACUCUGAGAGUUUUUAUGUUUUUUCUGACUGAUUGCGGAAUGUAUUUAUGAGGCUGAAAGAUAAGUCACAGCCAGAAACGACUUUAGAAACUCAAUUCAUUUGCAAACAGGACUUUUAUGGGAAACGAUUUGGUUCAUUUUGUUCUCCUCUGUUUUUAAAGUGCACGAUGUAUUUAGUAAUCAAGUUAUUGGUGAGGAUAAUGUCAACCGAAAUCAAUCCACAACAACACAACCACUGUUUUCAAAUAAAUGAACCAUACGUCCUCA